AUGGUUGACGUCAGCCAUAUUUUCUCGGUCCGUUACCGAUCGGCUCUUAUCCAACACUUGUCUCAGCGUCGCUUGAAGCUGCCAAAUAUUUUCCGUCACGCUUUACUCAGUGUUUGUUUUUCCUUCUUUUUGAAAGUUUCUUUCUUCUUUCCUUACUUUCUUCAAUGUUUCACUCUUUUUGAGAGUUUCUUUCUUCCUUUCUCUCCUUCUUUCUUAACGUUUCUUUCUUUUUCAGAUUUCCUUCUUUCUUCCGUUGCUUUCAUAAAGUUUUUUUUUUUUGAGAGUUAUUCUUUCUUCCGUUCGUUCUUUCUUAUAUUUUCUCUAUUUUUGGGAAUUUCUUUCUUUCUUUCUUUCUUUCUUUCUUUCUUUCUUAUGAUAUUCCUUUCCAUCUUUCUGAGCGUUUCUUUCUUUAUGACAGUUACUUUUUUUUUGAGAAUUUCUUUCAUUCCGUUCAGAGAGUAUCGUCCUUGCUUUCUUUCUGAGAGUCUCUAUCUUUCAUUCAAUCAUUCUUUAUUUAUUUCUUUCAUUUUUUCUUUCUUUCUUUCUUUCUUUCUUUCCUUCCUUCCUUCCUUCUUUCAUUCUAAGAGUUUUUUUUCUUUUUUUCUUUCUGAGAGUUUUUUGCUUCUCUCUCUCUCUGAGAGUUUAUCUUUUUUUUUGAGAAUUUUUUUUCUGAGAGUUCAUUUCUAUCUAAGAAUUUCUUCCAUUCUUUCUUUCUUUCUUUCUUUCUUUCUCUUUUUCUUUCUUUCUUUCCGAGAGUUUUUUUCUUUUUACUUUGAGAAUUCUAUCUAUCUAUCUAUCUAUCUAUCUAUCUAUCUAUCUAUCUAUCUAUCUCAGUCUGUUCCUAUCUAUCUAUCUAUCUAUCUAUCUAUCUAUCUAUCUAUCUAUCUAUCUUCCUCAGUCUCUUUUUAUCUAUCUAUCUAUCUACCUAUCUCAGUCUGUUCCUAUCUAUCUAUCUAUCUAUCUAUCUAUCUAUCUAUCUAUCUAUCUCAAUCCAUUCUCCUUCUUUCUUUCUUUCUUUCUUUCUUUCUUUCUUUACAACAUUUUUCGCUAUAUUUCACAAUUUCUUCUCUCACUGAAAUAAUCCUUUUUUUAUUCCUUGAAUGUCAUACACAACCGACCAAUAGGCAACACUGGCCAUUCUGA